AUGAAGUCUCCCAGGAUGAGAGUUUCUGCGAAGGCAGCCUGGCCACUGCUCUGGCUCUUCCUGGCCUCCAUGCUGAUGGUCUGCUAUGAGCUGAUGGCCGGCUCCAGCCCACACCCCCGGGGACGCACAGGUCAGCAUCAAGUCCAGCUGGGGACCUGUGAUGUGCUGGCUGUGCACAGGUGCUGUAACAGAAACCACAUAGAAGAGCGAUCACAGUCAAGUGUUCAUGCUUCCCGGGACAGGUGGCCGGCACCACUCAGGCUCAGCCUUCCUGUGUUGAAGCUUCCAUCGUGGUUCAGAAGUGGUGGUAUCACAUGGAUCCCUGUUUGGAAGGAGGGGACUGCAAAGUGCUUCCAGAUGACUCAGGUUGGGUCUAUAGCAGUGGCAAUAAAGUCAAAACUACAAAGGUCACCCGGUAG